AUGGAGGAGGGCUGCGACACGGCAUCCCUGCAGGAGCGUGUGGGGCGGCGGCUUCAACGCGUGUUGGCGCGGCUGCUGCCACCAUGCGCGUCGGCGGUCGCUCAGCCCACUUCUUUGGCGCCGGCGCCAGCCUCUGCGCGCCCGCCUGCCGUGCGCCCUGCUGCCGCGUCUCCUCCGUCGGCGGACGAGGCCGACGCGGGGGACUUCGAAGGGGAUACCCCGGCCGCAACCUUUGCGUGGUCCGACGCUCGUGACGACGGGGGUUGCCCGUCUCGCCGAGCUGAGAUCGUGGCGCUGCUGCUGGCGAGUGAAAUGGGCCUCGGUGGACAAAUCUUUAAUGCUUGCGUGGACGGCUUUGCGAGGCAACCCCCGCACUGUCAUCCUUCGCUGCACCAGCUGCUGCGUUCAACCCUCUUUCUCGCACUGACGAACUAUCGUUGCGGCGCAACACAUGUUAAGCAUGAGGCCGCUUUGCAAGAGGCCUCAGCGCCGCCCCUGCAGGAGUCGGACUGUGCACUCACGUUGCUGCUCCGAACGGCGGCGGCGACGGUGGCGAGCAGCGAGUCCUGGUGGGCAACAACUUCAGGCGAGGAGGCUUUCCUAGAGCGUGAGGAUCCUCCGACUGCAACGAUGCUAAUGGCUGACGCAGAUUCUCUCGUGGGGGGAAUGUGUGACUUUGUCGUUACUGUGGCACAGCAAGUCGCCGCAGGGAGGAGCGAGACGCAGGCUUCCCCGCCUGUUCGCUGCAGCAGUAGUUUGUACAUGCAACGGAGAGGAAGUGCAGGCUGGGGUGCAUUUGGGACGGAACGAUGGUUUGCAGCCAUGGGUGACGAUUCCUUUCCUCACCUGCAGGAAAUACCAAAUAUUGCGGAGGUUUUCAAGACAGAAUCUUUUUCUCUGGGUCGCGCUGCCGCUGCUGCUUGUAGCGGCAGCAGUAAUAAUGCUGAAAGUGGCAACAAUGAGGCGUUGUCGGAGAUCGGCAGUGCUCUCGCUGUCAUAAGUGAGGCCUGUGAAGCCCGCACCGUGCCAGACAUGUCUCCCUGGCAAUACGGCCGGAAUCGAAUUACUUUGGCCUCUCUUACAGUCGUCUUGCAGCAGGUUUCGGAGAGUGCUAUCUCCACCGAGGAAAAUGGGCAGACGGCGAUGGGAGAAGAAACUGUGCAACAUGGCGAUAGCAACACAAAUGUUGACAACCCAACGCCGGAGUAUGUUGUGCAAGAGGAUGGGACGCAUGAACUUUUGGGUUAUUUUCUGCACGAGACAGCGACGCUGUACACGGCCCGUGGGGGACGGUACCUCAUGGAGAUCGACUAA